CAGGCAACAAUUUCUGUUUUCACAUAAAUAAUUGCACUGAACUGAGCUGUCAUCUGAGCUCUAUUACUGACCAAGAUUGAAUUAUUCCGUGAUAUAUCUAACUUUGAUGUUAUAUAAGUAUAAGUAAAUUGUUCCCCCAUCUACUUCCUAAACGUGCCCGGACAUGUCUAGCAAAAUUUGACUUUUAAAUGGAGCUCAUCAUCAUCACCAUCUCCGCAGAGGCAAUAAUCGGAUGUAUCCUGCAUGCUGCAGCUCACAACAGAUGGUCUGCUGCAGCUGAUGCUUGGACAUUAUGACAGUGCUGGAGACUGAAACUGCUGCUUUUGCUGGAAUGAGUGAAAACCUGUGGUUGGAGAAAGCCUGCUCUAUCCUUAUUCCUGAUUUACCAUUAUGGAUCAUUGAAUAUGCAUGGACUAAACAGAUGACGGAGGUCUUAGAAGUUCUAGGUCCUCCAUUGUGGCUAGAAGGUGACUGGCAUCUUCUGACCCUUGAAGAGCCGUGCAGAAUCCGUGUGGUGGCGGCAGAGGUCUGGAGGAUCGUUCAAGCCCGAGACAUCAAGCAUUUUGAGAGAGUCAUUGAGUUUUUAGAUGUUACAUACACACUUGUGCCACGACUAGUGACUCCCAUCAAACACAUGAAAAUCAUGUUUGGUCUGCAGACACUGUCUGUCAUGUGGAUGUUGUGGAAUGACCAGAGUACUGCUAAAAUCUCUGACAAGAUCAAAAAGUUUUUCCCUAACAGCCUGCCCGAGUAUCACAAAUGUAGCCGCAGAAACAUGGAUCUGAUGCAGAAGAACCAGAAGGAUUUCAAGUCCUUUGCUCAUUGUCUGGCAAGAGACAGAGACAUGCGCGAGAAUUAUAUUCGGGAUUUAAUGGAGGAACAAUAUGGUGAACAGUAUGCACAGAAACUGGAGGAGAGACUCUCACACUAUUUGAGAGAGCUGGAUAAAGUCCUACCGCAACCUACGUAUAUUGAACAGGUAUUGAAGCAGUCCCAUCUGUAUGGGAGGGGAGAGAAGAUCCUGAAAAAAUUACUUUCAAGGGAUAGUGCGUCUAUAGCCACAUUUUUAAAGAGGCUCCUAUAUGGUGCUGUAACAACAAAUCAGAGCCUUGAUGACAGUUUCACACCAUCACUUUCAAACAGUUGUGAGGAACCAAAGGACGAUAAAGUUGUUAAGCCAUCCCAUGGUACCCUCCAUGUAAUUUUGAGGCCAUCUCAGAUCAGCUCAAAGGAGGAACGAUUCUCACAAACCAGCACGAAAGAGCUCUUUAGUUCCCAAGGCUUGUGGCAGAAUAGAAACACAGAAAUCAUUUGUAGUAAUGGAGAAAUCGUUACGUCCACACAGUUGUCAGGUUCAGAAAAGCAUCAGAUUGACUUUAGCCAAUCUCUUCUGGUCAAGAAGGACCUGAUUUGGAGCCACAGACAGGCGAAGACUCAAUCUGAACCAGAACAGAAGGAAAGUGAGGCUGGUUUUCCAGAACAGAUGUGCACCAGACAUGGCAAAAAAAUGAGGAGCAUCCUUCAGGAAUGUUCUGAAGAGCUUGAUGAAGAAGCUGUACAGGCAGAAUGCACUCCCACAUCAACCCAAAGCACUCCACCUCUUUUCCCACACACACCAGAACCUCAAGCAUCUUCAAACCAGCACUCCUCAUCCUCAAACCCUGAUUCAUCCUCUACGAACAUUUCAAUGUCUUACAUGCAGCAGGUCAGUCUUACACCAGUGUCUAAGAAACCAGUUGCUCCUUCACCUUCAGUCCACCAAGAGUCCUCAUCAUCACCUCAGUCCACAGCUUCAAAGCAACUUGUCACCCCAAGAAUCACUGCAGGACAGAUGUUAGCUACUGUUGUCUUCACCGAACCAAGCAGAACCAGUGAACACAAUCUGAAACUGUCCUUAGAGAGUCAAAGCUUCCUCAUGCAGUCCAAGUGGCUUCAACCUCAAGUGUGCCUUAAUAGACUGAGCAAGGAAGAGUGCGCCAGAGCCACAAACUCAUACAGUUUAGAAGGAGAACAAGCGGCUGAACAUGAUCAAUACGUGUCGUUUGAUGUAAAUACACUGUAUUCUGAUUCAUACUCCGAAGAUUCAGACUCAACAGACUCUGAUGACCCUGAUUACAAGCCUAAGCGAGACUAAAACAGAGGACACCAAAGAAAAAGUGCUAGUCAUGUUUUGCAAAUGCAUAGGUACUCAAAACUCUGUUUUAGCGGGUUCUUAAAAAUACAUUUUUAGCAGAUUAUGUUUGAA